CUCCGGUCGUCGAUCAUGGAUACGUCCUGGACGAACCUGGUCAUGGAGGUGGGCUACUCGUUCACGGCCACCCUGGACGACUGCAAGAACCACCUGCUGAAGGUGGGUGGCCGGGAGAUAACGCCGCAGGAUGUGGCGAAGAUCGUGUCCUCCAUGUGUCUUACGCACGCCUCGCUUUCGGAGAGUAACAUCAAUCUGCCGACACCGAGUGCCUUCUGGCCGCAGGGCAGUGAUCCAUCGGCGAAGGGGAAGGAUGGCCAGAACGGUUCGUCGGCCCAGGAGAACAGCACCUGGAAGCCAGAAGUGUUCGUGCAGGCGCUGAAGGAGGUCGUGCCGAACCUGAACUGGAAGGAAGUGUGCCUGGCGAUGGACCACCCCGAGUUUAUGUUGAAGGAUCGGGCGGGCCUCUCGCUGCUCCUGACGAUCGUGAAGAUGGGCAUGCAGGCGAGCAACAUGGGGCAACACUUUCCGGUCGAGUGCCUGUACCAGCGGUGGUCGAACUCCGAGGGUCAGCUGUCGGUCAUUUCGUUGAUAUUGAAAAACCCCGAUCUGUACUCGUUCGCCGAUCACAUCUACACGAGCGUCUCGGUGGAGCUGCUCAAGACGCCGCCGGAGACGGACAACAAGGAGGUGACCUCGUGGAUGUCGCUGCAUCUGGUCGACGUGCUGCUGUACAUCGCGGAUCAGGGCUUGUACGUGCAGGUGAUGGACAUCUUCAAGAUACCGAUUCAGCUCUGCCCGGACAUCCUGUUCCUGUCGCUGCUGCAGAUCAACCCGCCGAUGACGGUGCCGCGGCAGGAUCUGUUCACCACCCUGAUACCGAUCUUUCUCGCCAACCACCCGAACUCGGGCACGAUUCUGCACCACGCGUGGAACCACACCAACUUCAACAUGACACUCCGGCACCUCAUCUUGCACUCGAUGUCCGAGUGGUACAUGCGAGGCGACAGUGACCAGUCGCGCCUUUCGCGCAUCCUGGACGUGGCGCAAGAUUUGAAGGCCCUGUCGGGGCUGCUCAAUGUCCGCUCGUUCAUAUUUAUCAUCGACCUGGCCUGCCUGGCGUCCCGGCGCGAGUACCUGAAGCUCGAGAAGUGGCUGGCGGACAAGAUCCGGGAGCACGGCGACCCGUUCGUUGACAGCAUCCUCAAGUUUCUACAGCGCCCCUGUCCCCAGACUGUGGUCGGUGGCCCCGGUGGCAAGUACAGUGGCGACGAGCAGAUCCCCAAGUCGGUCCAGCUUCCGCCGGAAACGCUUAGCACGAUCCUCGGGUGCCUGCGGGGUGCUGGGUGGACGGAAAUGAAGAAGGUCGACAUGUCGCAGUACAGUAUGCUGCUGAACUCGAAGGCACGUCAACAACAACAGCAACAACAGCAACAGCAACAACCACCGCCUCCGGGAGUUCUGCGCCCGCACCGCGGUCUGGACGCGUUCAGUGCCUCGGUCAUGGGCGGCAGUCAGCUGUUCCCUCCGACGGUCGAAUCACUCACCUGCUUGACGGCCAAUAUCGGUGGCCUGAACAUUGGUGGUGGACCUGGCACCGGCGGUGCCGGCGUUGGCGGUCCCGGUGGGAGUGCGUUCAGUUUCAACAACAUCAUCGCCACGCCCGCUUCACCGUCGCGUCUGCUUCCCUCGAGCAGCCCGUUCCCGAUGAUGACGCUACCACCGGGGGCUGCCGCUGCCGCCGCUCAGGUCGGUUCGCUGGGACGUUUGACGCAAACUCCGAACGACAAGCUCGGCAUCCCGAACGCCGCCAUCACGGCGAGCCCGUUCGCCGAUAUGGUGCAGACCGUGUCCAAGGAGGUGGAAGACGAGGCCAACAGCUACUUCCAGCGGAUCUACAACCAUCCGCCGCACCCGACGCUGUCGAUCGACGAGGUGCUCGAUAUGCUGCAGCGCUUCAAGGAGUCACCGAAUCGGCGCGAAAACGACGUCUACCAGUGCAUGCUGCGCAACCUGUUCGAGGAGUACAAGUUCUUCCCGCAGUACCCGGAGAAGGAGCUCCAGACGACGGCCCAGCUGUUCGGCGGCAUGGUGGAGCGCAACCUCGUCAGCACGUACGUGGCGCUCGGUCUCGCCCUUCGCUGCGUGCUCGAUGCGCUCAAGAAGCCGGAGGGGACCAAGAUGUACUACUUUGGCAUCACGGCGCUCGAUCGGUUCAAGAACAAGCUCAAUCUGUACCCGAAGUACUGCGAGUACGUGCACGCGAUUCCGCACUUUGCCGAGUUUCCGCCACACCUGAUCGAGUACAUUGAGUACGGGUCGCAGGGCCAAGAGCCACCGAACAAAACGCUCGGGCCGGGCCCGCUGCCACCCUCGAUCACGCAGUUCAUGCCGGGUGCUCCCAGUGGGCCAGUGGGGAAUCCACUCUACCGCAGCAAUUCCGUGUCCGCUACGGUCGGUGGAUCGACUGCCGGUGGUGGUGGUGGAAGCGGAGGACAGCCUCCGCGCGUCAAAUCGAUCGCCAAUGCGACCAACAUCGACACGCUGCUGGUGGCGACGCAAGAUCGCGAGGAGAAGAUCAUCGCCCCACCGGACGCCAUCCAGGACAAGACGGCGUUCAUCUUCAACAAUCUCAGCAUGGUGAAUCUGAUGCAAAAAUGCGAGGAAAUCAAGGAGAUAUUGCAGAAGGACUACUACGCGUGGUUGGCGCAGUACCUGGUGCUGAAGCGGGCCUCGAUCGAGGUGAACUUUCACGUUCUUUACUCCAACUUUCUCGAUGCGCUCAAGAUUUCGGAAAUCAACCGGCUGGUGACGAAGGAAACGUUCCGCAACAUUCGGGUGCUGUUGCGUUCGGACAAGGGCAUAGCGAACUUUUCCGACCGCAGUUUGCUGAAGAACCUGGGCCACUGGCUUGGCAUGAUGACGCUCGGGCGCAACCGGCCAAUUUUGCAUCUCGACAUCGACGUUAAGUCGCUGCUGGUCGAGGCAUACAACAAGGGCCAGCAGGAGCUUCUGUACGUGGUGCCGUUCGUAGCGAAGGUGCUUGAAUCGUGCGCCAAGAGUAAGGUCUUCAAGCCGCCCAACCCGUGGACGAUGUCGAUCAUGAAUCUUCUGGCGGAGCUGCAUCAGGAACCGGACUUGAAGCUGAACCUAAAGUUCGAGAUCGAGGUGCUGUGCAAGAAUCUCAACAUCGACGUGGCCGAUCUGAAGCCUGCCAUCUACCUGAAGGAUCCGGAGCGGGCCCAAAGCAUCGAGCAUCAGCUUUCGCAACCGAAACCACCGAAGGAGGUGGUGGUGGUGACACCGAACACGGCCGGUCCGCAGCAGCUCGCUCUGGCCGGGCCGGGAACGGCAACGAUCGGAGGUGGUCCCGUGGCUGGCGUCAUUCCUGGUGCUGGCGGUGCGGUGCUAGACGAGCUCGGUAGUGGCGCACUGGGCGGUGGUCCGUCGAGUUCACCGACCAACCCGGCCGCCGACGGAUCGCUAGGCGCCGGCGGUCCCCCUGAGCCACGCUUCCACUACGCCGACGUUAACAUCUCCUCCAACCUGAGCGGCAUUGCGCCGCACAUCAUCUACUCGCCGAGCGUGGCCCUCUUGCACUCGCAGCCCCACCUGAAGCAGAUCGUGAAGGCGGCCAUCGAGCGUACGAUCUCCGAGUGGAUCACACCGGUCGUCGAACGGAGCGUGAGGAUUUCGACGAAAACGUGCGAACAGAUCAUCCGCAAAGACUUUGCGCUCGAUCCGGACGAGGGCCGAAUGCGGCGGUCGGCGCACAACAUGAGCCGCAACCUGGGGGCCGGCAUGGCGAUGAUAACGUGCCGCGAGCAGAUGCUGCAAACGAUCGUGAACAGCAUCAAGACGGGCUUCAUGGCGAGCCACCAUCCGAAAGAGGUCGCCGAGGCGGCCGCCAACCAGCUGGCGCUCGACAACAUCGAGCUGGUGUCCGCGUUCAUUCAGAAGACGACCAUCGAAAAGGUGGCCUCCGAGCUGGACAAGCUGCUGGCGCCCGAGUAUGAGCUGCGCAAGAUUGCCCGCCAGGAGGGCCGCCGGUACUGUGACGCGAGCGUCCUCACGUACCAGGCCGAGCGGAUGCCGGAACAGAUCCGGUUGAACGUGGGCGGCGUGUCGCCAGCGCAGCUGGCCGUGUACGAAGAGUUUGCCCGCAACAUUCCCGGCUUCCUGCCCAUCACUGAGCGCGAUACGGCCCUGUUUGCACCCAAGUUGCCGGAAGUGGUUCCGACCAUUCCGGAUGAAAUCGGUAACAUGUACGACGAGCUGGCCAGCAAGAUGGAUGCGUUCAUCAAAACAUCGCGAUUGGUUCAGGUGUUGCAGAUGCACACGAGUAACAUGGAGCACUUGUUGGACUGUCUGAUCAUUGCGCACCGUUCGCUGGACAACAUUACGGGCUGCACGCUGCUGAACAAAGCGGUCGAGGGUCUGAUGGAGGGACUGAUCAACAUCCCGGAUCAGCUGGACCAGAUCAAGCUGUACCGUGACAUCCAUUUGCGCGUGAUGCGCCUCAUGCAGGACCCGCGGUUGUUUGGGCCGAUGUGGACCAACAAGGCCAUCACUCGCUACAUGCUCGAGUGCCGCGAAGACAUCCGCUACAACCUGGAAGCGGUCGAUCAGCUGAUUUCGUCCAACUUUGUCAACAUGCAGCAGUACGACAUGAUGCUGGUGCAGCUGAUGGACAACGGAAACAACUUUAUGGCAGUCAUGUUUGCGAUGCAACUGCUGCAGGCGUACUUUAUCGAUGAGCGCCACAAUUCCGCCAUCACGGAGAACGAUCUGGUCGGCACGAUCGAAAUGAUGCAUCGCUUCACGGCUCACCCGCGGGCACCCGAGGGCUUGACGCAGCUGAUGGAGAUGCUGCGCGUGAACCACGAUUCCAACACGUUCCUUGUCGAUCGACCGAUCGCUGGACCGACGUCCUACAUUCAUGCGGGCGUAGCUCAGGCAAGGUCGGAUGGUGAUGAUCCGCCCGGGUUCCUCGAAAGGGCCGAGUUUCUGCUCAAGGAUUGGUUUGGCAUCGCGACGAGCCCGACCAGCUGCCGUGACCCACUGAAAGGGUUCAGCGUGUUCGUGACCAAGAUGAACAUGCAUGGUAUUCUGAAGGGGGACGAACCGUUGACGCGCUUCUUCCGCUUCGCCACGCAGUACUGCAUCGAGCUGACCAUUCGGAGCAACAUGAUCGAACAGGCGUCCAAGUCGAACGUGUUCAAGUUUAUCGAUGCGUACGUGCGGUUGAUCGCGUUGCUGGUGAAACACUCUGGCGAAAGUGGCAACACCAGCACCAAGUUGAAUCUGCUCAAUAAGAUUCUUGGCAUCGUCGUCGGCACGCUGCUGCAGGAUCAGGAAGCGCGCACGACGGCCUUCCAGCAGGCCGGCUACCAUCGCAUCUUCAUCAUGCUGUUCCUCGAGCUGACGGCACACGAUCCGGUGCUGGAGAAUAUCAGCCUGAGCGUGAUCACGGCCUUCUGCCACACGUUCCACCUGCUGCGCCCGGCAACCGCACCCGGCUUCUGUUACUCGUGGCUCGAGCUAAUCUCGCACCGCGUUUUCAUCGGGCGCAUCCUGGCGAUGAUACCGCAGCAGAAGGGCUGGCACAUGUACUCGCAGCUGCUGAUCGAUCUGUUCAAGUAUUUGGCACCGUUCCUGCGCAAUGCCGAGCUGGCCAAGCCGGUUCACCAUCUGUACAAGGGCACGCUGCGUGUGUUGCUAGUGCUGCUACACGAUUUCCCAGAGUUUCUGUGCGACUACCACUUUGCAUUCUGCGACGUCAUCCCGCCGAACUGCAUCCAGAUGCGCAACUUGAUUCUGUCGCCCUAUCCGCGCAACAUGCGCCUGCCCGAUCCGUUUACACCGAACCUGAAGGUUGACAUGUUGACCGAUAUCGGCGGAUCGCCACGCGUUUCCAUCAACUAUGCGGCCGCCAUUCAACCGGCCAGUUUCAAGAAGGAUCUCGACUCGUACCUGAAGGCUCGAGCCCCGGUGACCUUCUUGUCGGAAUUGCGCUCCAAUCUGCAGAUCUCGAACGAUGUCGGCUCACGCUACAAUAUUCCGCUGAUGAAUGCGCUUGUCCUGUACGUUGGCACUCAAGCCAUCGCUCACAUCAGAUCCAAAAACCAGGUCCCAACGAUGGCGACCAUCGUGCACAGUGCACACAUGGACAUCUUCCAGAAUCUGGCCGUCGAUCUCGACACCGAGGGGCGCUACCUCUUCCUGAAUGCGAUCGCCAAUCAGCUGCGCUACCCGAACAGCCACACGCACUACUUUAGCUGCUGCAUUCUGUACCUCUUCGAUGAAGCCAACUCGGAAGCCAUUCAGGAACAAAUCACUCGUGUGCUGCUGGAACGGUUGAUCGUGAACCGACCGCAUCCGUGGGGUCUGCUGAUCACCUUCAUCGAGCUGAUCAAAAACCCGCUGUACAAGUUCUGGGAUCACGAUUUCGUACACUGUGCGCCCGAGAUUGAACGUCUUUUCGAGUCGGUCGCUAAGUCGUGCAUGGUAAACACCAAGAGCCAGCAGCAAAUUCAAAACGUCGAGUCGGACAUUGCGGAGUGCAACUAAAAGAGGCACCCAGUCGAUGCUACGGAAAACGGAUCCUCUGUGGCCAACGCAGCCCAAACCGGUGUGCAAAAGCUAAAUCAACCCUCACGCAACAACGCAAUCGCCUAUUAUCAUGCGGGCUCGGAUCCGAGUCUUCCGUUGCCUGUGAAGUAGUGACCGACCCUCACAGGCAACAAAAGAGGAGACCUCAAUGUAUGUGUGUACAGAAAUUUCACGCUGGUGAACUCACAACGUCCCUUCUGUACCACCUGUCACUGGUGACCUGCGUAAAACGUUUUAGAUUGCUCAGCAGCUUAUGUGUGUUCACAUUCGUGGCCCCGACCACCAUAGAGGUACAAACUCUGAAGCGAAAUUCCUCUGGCCUGUUACUAAAUUAGUCACCCCAGCAUAGAGAGAAGGCUGUCCGAAUACCUGCAAUGAAGGUUGCAAAAUUUUAAAUGUUGUACAUAGCUCAGAACAGAGAGAAAUAAAUUGAAAACUGGAGUCAGUGUAGAGUUAGGUGCAAGGGAAUUAGGCACACGUCCGAGCUCGGAAGCCGGAAUCACAGUAUGAAUUGGAGUGAAUCAUUGUCUAAUUUUUAGUUUUUUUGUGUUGUAACAUCAUUUGUGAACAAAAUAAUA